AUGGCCGAUGCAGCGAAGCCCAAGAGGCGCCUCCCUUUCAAACCCACCGCGCUGCGCCAAAAGUCGAACCCAAAACCUGCGCUCAAGGAUAAUGGCGACGAAGACGACGACGACGAUGGCCUCAACCUGUUCAAGCGCUCCGCCGAGUUCUUUCCCGUCGCUCUGGCAGAGCAGGAGCGGCGCAUGAAGCGGAAGCAGGCCGAGCGAGAGAAGGGCUCACAAGCGCUGUCACCGGAUGUCGAGACGAAGCCUACGCCGAGGGCCAGCGAGGAACCUGGAAGGAGAGACGACGAGGAUUCUGGAGAACCGGGGACGCCGCCCUCGAAACGCUCGCGAACGAGCGACGAGUCCCCCCAGUCGAGGGUCAAGUUGUCCCCGACCAAGCGCCGUGACGGCACUGAAACACCUUCGAAGCGCAUGACCCGGGCCGCCGCGUCGCGGACGCCGCGGAAGCAGGAAGUGAUACCCACGAAACCCGUCAUCUCGAUCGACGACAGCGACGACGAUCCCGAUGAGGAAGACGGGGGUCGGCCGGAAGAUAACGACGACGACGAUAUCUACGAGGCCUCGCCAAUACGCAAAUUCAACCGUCAGCGACAAACCUCAGAGCCCGUGGUCUCGCCCCCCCUGGUCAUUGACGUAGACAGCCCAUCUGCCGAGGGAGGACAUAGCGAAGACGACCCCGCACCCCCCCAAGAGGAAGACGACGACGAGUUCAAGGAAUACGUCCAGCGCGCGAUGGAACGCAAAAAGGCGCUCGAGCAGGAGGCCAACCAGACCGUCAACGUUCUCGUCACGUCCGACAUCCCGGGCACCAAGGAGAGGCAGUUUCGCUUCACUCUCGUCAAGCCCCUCAAGAUUCUCCGCAACGCUUGGAUCGACGUCCAGGAGGGCCGCCUGGGAAUUCCGCGCGCCGACCUCGAGAGCGUCUUCCUCACGUGGCGCGGGCACGAGUUGUAUGACUUGACAACGCUGCACAGUCUCGACCUCGCCGGCACGUUCCGCAGGAGCGGUGGCGGCAGCGAUGCCGAUGCCGGCGAGGGGUUCCGGAAUGACUGGACAAACGUGCAUAUGCAGAUGUGGACACGCGAGUUAUGGGAGGAGCACGAACGGCAAGAGGCCCGGAGGCGGCGCCACGACAUUGGGGAAUACUCGGACGACGAAGGGCCUGGUAACGGCGGCGACGAACGGGGGGGCAUACCGCCCACCGUCGAGCAGGAGGCUGAGAAAAAGAUCAAGGUGCUCCUCAAGACCAAGACGGACGAGCCGCUCAAGACGUCGGUGCGGCCGUCGACAACCGUCGGGACCAUCAUGGCGCUGUUCCGCAAGAUGCGCGGGCUAGCAGCCGACGCGCCCAUCUCGCUCAUGUUUGACGGCGACGAGCUCGAGGAAGACAUGACGGUCGAGGAUGCUGACAUUGGCGACAUGGAGACGAUUGAGGUCUACAUAAGAUGA